UCCUUCCACUGCCAAAAUCGCAGAGAGUGCAGGACGUCUUUCCCUUCGCUAAUAGUGCAGGCUAGUCGGCCUCAUCAGUCUCUCGGACAAGGUCCUGCACGCCGUGUCGCAUUCCUGCUUCUGCGCCCUGCUUCGACCCGCAACAAGCUCAUGUGAAUACAAGCCUCGACGGCGUCCCCACUUCGAUCUGCAGCUCAUCAAUCCCAGGCUAGAGCUGCCGAUGAGAAAGAUCUGUGCCCGAAAAAUGGCAUCGGUGAACGACCAGUCGGCCAGCAACGUGACCGCCUGUCCGAAGAAUCGGCGAGAAUCGCCGUAUACCUGGGUAGUACCCGCAUUGCAAUGCAAAGAGGGGCGCCGCAGGUCCAUGAAAGCUUCCCAUGACCGUGCUUUAAGGGCAUUCGUGACCACAUACGCUCAGAGUAGUAUUGCAAAGAUUCUGACGCUAGCUGACCGUGCAUUGUCCUCCUUCCCACGGGCCCCCCUGUCAGCUAGCCGGUACCACGAGCCUUUCCCCGCGGUGAUGCGGUGUUGUUCCGAAGAGGGACCUCCUUCCGCUUCUGAUAGUCUCGUGUCCUUGCGACGCACGCCAAUAAUUGUAAUGCACAAGACGCAGGAACCUCUCGGACGUCCCGAAUGCACAGCGCCGCCGCGAGGUUGCCGGCCGGCCCUUCAAACCUUCUUUCAGUCGAGCUAACCUCGCACCUCGCGUUGCUCAUGCAAAGACACAAUGAAGCAAGCAUUCGUGCGCGUCAAUGAAUGUGCGCGUCCGAUAUUCGAGGUCAACGCGAGGUCCCGAGAGGUCGAUGGGC